AUGUUUGAUGAUCUUGAUGACUUGCUGGAUGACAUUCCAGUAAAUAAAUCUAAGGCACCUUUUAAAAAUACACCAGUAGCCUCGAAAGCAUCGUCGAGUUUGUUAAACAAAGCUAAAACAGCAAAUGAUGAUGACUUUGGUUGGGGUGAUAAAGCAGUUAAUAGUCAGCUUAGUUUCGGUUAAUCUAAGAGGAUUCCAUCAGCCAUUCAACCAUAAAAUACUAAGUCAAGUAUCAUACCUCCAACUCUAAAUAAAAAUAUUGAGUCCGCUACCACAUUUGGCAAAAAAUCAAAGAAAGACCUCGAUGAUGAUGAUGACCUAUGGGGACUUGAGGAAUGGAAUGAAAAAGAUUAAUCAAAAAUUCAGGCAAUUGGGGGAACGGGACUUUAAAAAAUGACAGGGUCCUUUACUGCAAAAGAAUAAGGUAGAGAUGAUGGUCGUAGUAGUAUGGGAUCUAAUUAUGCAGGCUUUGGCAUACUUGGAAGAGCCAAACCUACAACUUCAAGCGGCAAAAAAAAGGAUGAUGACAUCGACAAUAUUUUAGAUGACUUUGAAGAGAAAAAGGGACUUGGAGCAAAGUAGACAUCUUAGCAAAAAGAAAGUGAUUUCGGUUUCGGAGGAGGGUCAACAAAUAAAAAACAGGAUGCCUAUGGUAAUAGCAAAUAGAAAUUCAAAUCUUCAACAGAUCCCUGGGGAAGAGACAACUUUGAUGAGUUUGAAGAUCUUGAGGACAAACCAAAAGCAAAAGCGAAUGUAAAUAACUCAAUAAAUGAUAAGAAAGCAGCUUUAUUUGGUUUAGGUGGAUCAUCAACUCCUAAUCAGCAAGUAGACAAUUCUCACAACAACAGACCAAAUAGAUUUGACAACAAAAACACAAUUUAAGAACUGUAAGUGAGCAAACAGUAAACUAGCAAGAGCUAAAAUAGAUUUGCAGGACUCACUGGGGGUGAUGACAUAGACAAUAAUUCUGGAUAUGGAAGCCAAGAUCCAAAUAACUUUGGAGGUUAUGGUGUCUUUGGAGGUGGUGCUUAAUCCAAUGCCUCUGGAAAUCAAGAGUCUUAAAUUGAUGUUAUAGAGACUCCUUUUUCUCGAUCUAAAACAGUCAAAAAAAUGGCAGGAGGAAGUUAACCUCCUCCAAAUAGAGCACAAAAUAAUUCUAUGUAGAGACCUGGCACUGGAGAUUUCAAUAAUAUGGGCUAGUAAAAUCCAAUGGGUCAAAUUAACUUAGAUAGAGUCUAAACAUCACCAGUUGGCAUGUAACCUUUAUUCGGUGGGUAUUAGAACUAAGCAAUCCAACAAUAGAAUACAUUUUAAAGACCAAACACAGGAGGGAAUCUAUUUGGCAAGCCCCCAAAGCAUUAGCCAUAAUAAUAGCAUGAUCCAUUUAUCGGAGGAGGAGGUCUAGGCUCAGGCCACGGAGAUGAUAAUAUCUUGAAUCUGCUAUAAGAGUCAAAGGAUGGAGUGAGUAAUAAAUCAGCGCAUUCAAUGGCAGGCACUCAACAUGCCAAACCAAUGGGAUCAAUAGAUAAUGAUGAAGAUGAAGACUAGUCAUUCAUUGAAGAUCAUGAUGAAGAUAGAGGAGACGACGAUGAUGAGGAUAGUGAUGAUACAGGUGGCUAUGUACCAACCAUGUUUGCAAAGUCAGGGAUAAGUGCAUAGAAGUCUUCAGGCAAAAAGUCUAAAAGCAAAAAGAAGCAAGGUAUAGUGAAUAAACAAAACCUGAACAGCAGUGGAAUUGGUAAUUAAAGCAUUAGGACAGGUGGAGGACUAUAAUCAAUUCAAGGAAACAUUUUAAAUAAUUCUGAUGGAAGAGCCCAGACCAUUUCAUCUGAAAUAGGCUAGGAUCAGUAUAAAAAUAAUGAUUACAAUAACAACACUCCUUAUAUGGGUGGAGCAGGCUAGAGCAAGAACUAAUCCACAAGGAAAAUAAACUAGAAUUUCAAUGAUAGCAAUUAGAACCAGUCUUAAUAGCUGUAGAACUCUCAGUAACUAUAGAAAAAUCAGUAGGUCUAACAAUAGCAACCACUAGAUGAAUUUAGCUUAGUAAAGAGGUAGAUAGAAGAUGAAAGGUAAAAGUAGAAGGCUCAGGAAUAAAGAAACAGAAGAGAUGUUGAUGAUACUAGAGAGGAACACAAAAAGAACAUGAAGCAUUUAGAGGAGAAGCACCAAAUGAAGCUACAGCUGUUUAAUGAGGAGAAGCGUAAACUCAUCGAAGAGAUGAAUAAGACCAUUGAGUUAGAGAAGGAGAAAAUAGGCAAUCUACAUAAAAUAGAUGUUGAUAAUAGAGAAGUUCAGUAUAAAAGAAAUCUUGAGAGUUAGAAAAAGGUCUAUGAUUCAUAGCAUGACACUUUGAGAAAGUAAUUGGAACAGCAAGUGCAGUUAAAUACCUUCGCGCAGGAAAUAUAAAAAUCAUCUGGAAAUAUAAGUACAUUGGUGUCUAGACUCUCUUAGGAGAGAGAAAGUGAGUUGAAAAGGAGAGAAGAUGAUUUAGUCAAGAGAGAUCUAGAGCUUAUGGACAAGAAAAAGAAACUUGCUGAGAGAAAAGCAUAAGUUGAACUAAGAAAAAAGAAAUUAGCUCUAGAGAUGGAAGAUAUUAAUCAAAGAUAGCAAGAGCAGAAGUUGAUAUUUGAAAAUGAAAAGAAUGACAUAAAUAACGACCUAGAUAAAAUCGAUGCUGAACACCAGCAGUAAGUCAGAGAGUCUAGAAAUCAUUCAAUUGAUAUGGAGGUGGAAAUAAGGAGAACAAAAGCCGACAGAGAGAGACUUACAGUUUUGAUCUCCUAAGAAGAAAAGCAAUCAAUUGAAAGAGCUGAUGAGUUGAAUCAACUUAAAAAGUCUCUUUAAAAUUAAAGAGAGCAGAUGUAAACUGAGAUGCAGUAGUAAGAACGUGACAUGAAGCAAAAAAUAAGAGAGGCUAAGCAAUAGUAGCAAGAUGUCAGUGAAGAGGAGAGAGAGUUUUAAAUGAGAGAGUAAGAAUUUGAACAAGAAAAUAAGCAGGUCGUGAUGGAUAACGAGAAGUUGCAUGAGCAGUUAGACAAGUACUGUAUUGAAAAGUCGCAUUUUGACAGAGAGGCCAUGAAGAUCAAGGAACAAGCAGAAAGAGAUCACUUUGACUCGGAAAAGAUCGGGUUCUUCAAAGCCAAUAAAGAUAGAUUGCUCGAUGAGCUGAGAAAACUGAGAGAAGACCUAGAGAUGGAGAGGGAAAGCAUCAAGGAAGAUAGAGUUAAACUUGAAAUGUAUAAAAAUGACAUCAAAACUAGACAAAAAACAAUUGAAACCAUGAGAUUUGAAUUCAUCAAGACUUCAUAAGAUAAUGGAAGUUAAUUCAUUGAUAGCGCCAAAGACAUAGGCUAUUACAAAAUUUAAAGAUACUCAGGAGGACCCGCUUUCUAUCCGAUUAACCCACCAAAUGCUUAUGAGGCAAGAAAAGAGAAUCUUUCUCCGAAUUCAAGGUAUGAGCAAGCAAAGACUAUUGUUUAAAAGGCGUAGGUAUAGUAAAAUCUUCAAGAUAAUGCUCCCAGAUUCAACUAUGAAGAUUACAUGAAAAAACUCAAGGAGAAACUCAAUCUUGAUGGUAGAAAGGCUGUUAGCAAUGUAGGAACUACUGAUUUUUAGAUGUAUAUAAUGAGAGAAAGAGAAGCGUAUAUGAAGAGUCUAAAUGAAUUUGAUUAAGAUUAGCCAUUGAUUCAAUCACUUUCUUAAUUCAGAAGAUCUCAUGCAGUUCAUGAUAACAAUGGAGGCUUAGAUAAUCAUGAGGCAUCAUUUAACCUAGGAAGUUUACAGAAUAGUCUAAAUGAUAAGAGGAAAUGGGCUAAUGCUGGAUCUGGUCAUGGAAUGCUCAAUUCUUAAAUUGGUAAAUCUUCUGCUAAUAGCUUGCAUUUUAUUAGCAAAAACUUUUCAAACUCCCCAGUAGAAGAGGUAGGUAGAGAUCAAGGUAAGAUAGAGUUAUGA